UUGCUGCCGCCGCCACCGCCCCGGCUGCCAUCUCCUCCUCCUGGGCCGCCGCCUCCUCCUCUUCCUCCUCCUCCUGGGCCGGGCUGAUCCCCUCCCCGCUGCCGCCUCCUCCUGGGCUGGGCCCGCGGUGUCUCGUCCCCUCGCGGAGCCGCUCCUGCCGCCGCCGCCGCCGCCUCCUCAUUCAUCCUCGUGCACCACAGGCGGCACAGGCACCAAGAUGUCCAACCGAGUGGUCUGCCGAGAAGCCAGUCACGCCGGGAGCUGGUACACAGCCUCAGGACCGCAGCUGAAUGCACAGCUAGAAGGUUGGCUUUCACAAGUACAGUCUACAAAAAGACCUGCUAGAGCCAUUAUUGCCCCCCAUGCAGGAUAUGCGUACUGUAGGUCUUGUGCCGCCCAUGCUUAUAAACAAGUGGAUCCGUCUAUUACCCGGAGAAUUUUCAUCCUUGGGCCUUCUCAUCAUGUGCCCCUCUCUCGAUGUGCACUUGCCAGUGUGGAUAUAUACAGGACACCUCUGAAUGACCUUCUUAUUGACCAAAAGAUUUACGGAGAACUAUGGAAGACAGGAAUGUUUGGACGCAUGUCUCUGCAGACAGAUGAAGAUGAACACGGCAUUGAAAUGCAUUUGCCUUAUACAGCUAAAGCCAUGGAAAGCCAUAAGGAUGAGUUUACCAUUAUUCCUUUACCGGUUGGAGCUCUGAGUGAGUCAAAAGAACAGGAAUUCGGAAAACUCUUCAGUAAAUAUCUAGCGGAUCCUAGUAAUCUCUUUGUGGUUUCUUCUGAUUUCUGCCAUUGGGGUCAAAGGUUCCGUUACAGUUACUAUGAUGAAUCCCAGGGGGAGAUUUAUAGAUCCAUUGAACAUCUAGAUAAAAUGGGUAUGAGUAUUAUAGAACAAUUAGACCCUGUAUCUUUUAGCAAUUACUUGAAGAAAUACCAUAAUACUAUAUGUGGAAGACAUCCCACUGGGGUGUUAUUAAAUGCUAUCACAGAGCUCCAGAAGAAUGGAAUGAAUAUGAGUUUUUCGUUUUUGAAUUAUGCCUAGUCGAGCCAGUGUAGAAACUGGCAAGACAGUUCAGUGAGUUAUGCAGCUGGAGCACUCACGGUCCACUGAAGCUCUGAAUCCUCAGGGAUGCCACCUGCACAUUCUCAUACUCUGUCCAGGGUCCCAGCCUAGCCUUUACCACGAUACUGGUCCUGGUUUGGGGGGAUUCUGAAACCUGAAACUAAUAGAACUUUCUUCUCUUUUUUUCUAGUAGGUGUAGUCCUUCCUUAAUUUCAACUCAUUAAAAAAUGCUUUAUAGUUUAGGGCAGUGGAAGGAAGGCUGGCAUCAAAAUAUUUUGAUCAAAAAAGAUGACAAUGUAAAGGCUCAGUUGUGGCAGACAGUUUUUUGAAAGUAACUUGUAAAGCAUUUACCAUAUCCUAAAUUUGCACUCUUUGCAGAUUUGUGCACAUAUAUUCCGCUUUCAGAAUAGUUUUGCAAAUUGUACACAAACAAACAAAAAGGUGGAAGCUUUUUAAUAAAGAAAUUGCAUUUAUAAAUGAUCUGUAUUAGAAUAUAUCUAUGUCUAUAGAAUAAAUCUCCAGUUAUAGUCAAUUACUACCCAUGUUGUACAACAGAUACCUUCUAUUUUAGUUGCUAAUAAAGUGCUACACAACUCAAAAAAUAAAUAAAUAAAUAAAUAAUAAAUAAAAAUAAACUGAAUGAAAUUGAAAACAUAUCAAUGUGA